GGUCCCUCCCUUCUGGUCAACUCAACUUUCCGCUGGGAAAUUUGGUUGUUUGCUGUUCAGUGAUUCCAAUGUAGAAGCAGUCAUUUGGAGUGACAGGGAACGGGAGACUGUCCUGAUUAACGGCUUGGCACUGGGCAGAGGGAACUCUGACAUACCGUAUCGCUUUCACUAUGAACUCUUUGACGCAUCAGCUCAGCUUUUGUAUAACUUAUCUGAUUUUGUUUGCUUCAUCGCCUGGUUUCGGCUCCAAUAUCUGCACAUCUCGAGGGGUCAGCACCUGUAAGCAGUGCUUGGCUGUCCAUGCCAGCUGCGCCUGGUGCUUCCAGGAGGACUUUGGACAGGGCACCGCGAGCUUGUCCCGCUGUGAUCGCAGGGAGAACCUGGUGGCGGCAGGGUGCAGGGCAAACGCCCUGGAAUUCCCGUCCAGCCGGCUGCAGGUGAAUGAGGACCUGCCCCUGAGCGACAGAGCCUCCACAGCAGCUGCUGAUGUCACACAAAUUCGGCCUCAGAAGUUACAGAUCACCCUGCGUCCAGGUGACUCGCAGCAUUUCACUGUGAAGGUCCGACAGGUAGAGGACUACCCUGUGGACCUCUACUACUUGAUGGACCUUUCCUAUUCCAUGAAGGAUGACCUUGCCCGCUUGCGCUCACUGGGCAAUGACUUGGCUCUAGCCAUGGGCCACACCACCAGCAACCUACGCAUGGGAUUCGGGGCCUUUGUUGACAAGCCCAUGUCCCCCUACAUGUACAUCUCCCCCAAGGAGGCCGUGGAGAACCCCUGCCUCAGCAUUCAUACGACCUGCCUGCCUCAGUUCGGCUACAAGCACGUGCUGUCACUAACGGAGCAAGUAAGCCGCUUCACGGAGGAGGUGAAGAAACAGCGUGUGUCCCGCAACAGGGACGCCCCCGAAGGCGGCUUUGAUGCCAUCAUCCAGGCCGCCGUCUGCAAGGAGAAGAUUGGCUGGCGUCAGGGUGCCUCCCACUUAUUGGUGUUCACCACGGAUGCCAAAACCCACGUGGCGCUGGACGGCCGCCUGGCAGGAAUUGUGCAGCCUAAUGACGGGCGCUGUCACAUGGGCAACGACAACAACUACAACAUGUCGACCACGCUUGAUUACCCCUCCUUGGCCUUGAUAACCGAGAAGAUGUCAGAGAACAACAUCAACCUGAUAUUUGCUGUGACCAACCACGUGGUGCCCCUUUACCAGAACUACAGCGAGCUGAUUCCAGGAACCACUGUGGGCACGCUGUCGGACGACUCGGGGAACGUGAUCCAGCUGAUCCUGGAUGCGUACGCGAAAAUUCGCUCAAAGGUGGAGCUGGAGCUGCUGGACGUGCCGGAGGAGCUGUCCCUGUCCUUUAACGCCACCUGCCUGAACGGGGAGGUCAUCCCGGGGAUCAGGUCCUGCUCUGGCCUCAAGAUCGGAGACACCGUGUCGUUCAGUGUGGAGGCCCGCGCUCGUAGCUGUCCCACGGACAUGCGCAAGACCUUCACCAUAAAGCCGGUGGGCUUCAAGGACGCACUGCAGAUCACCGUGGACUUCGAGUGCGACUGCAAGUGCCAAGCGCAAGCACAAGAAUCCAGCCCGGCGUGCAACCAAGGCAAUGGCACCUACCAGUGUGGCAUCUGUCUGUGCCACCCGGGGAGGCUGGGCCCGCGCUGUGAGUGUGCGGAGGGUGACUACAGCCCCGCAGAGCAGGACCACUGCAACGCCAGCCCCAGUGCGCCUGUCUGCAGCAGCCGCGGUGACUGCGUCUGCGGCCAGUGCGUCUGCCACAGCAGUGACUUUGGCAGGGUGUGGGGCAAGCUCUGCGAGUGUGACGACUUCAACUGUCUGCGCUACAAGGGCGAGCUCUGCUCAGGUCACGGCAAGUGUUCCUGUGGCUUCUGCCAGUGUGAUGCCGACUGGAAAGGUGAGAACUGCAACUGCUCCACACGCACAGACACCUGCAUGUCCAGCUUGGGCCUCCUGUGCAGUGGCCGUGGCCAGUGUCUCUGCGGCAGCUGCGACUGCACCCAACCAGGUGCCUACGGAGCCACCUGCGACAAAUGCCCCACCUGCCCCGAUGCCUGUACCCUCAAAAAGGAAUGUGUGGAGUGCAAGCACUUCAAAAGAGGGAAGCUCUUAGAUGAGGGCACCUGUGGUCGGAUCUGUCGGGAUGAGAUCGAGCUGGUGGAGGAUUUAGUUUUCCAUGACAAAAAUGCUGUGAACUGCACAUAUAAAGAUGAGAACGACUGUGUAGAGCGGUUCCAGUACUACGAGGAUGCCAGCGGAAAGUCCAUCUUGUUUGUGGUCAAGGAGCCAGACUGCCCUAAGGGGCCCGACAUCCUGGUGGUGCUGCUGUCCGUGGCGGGGGCUAUCCUCUUCCUGGGCCUGGCGGCACUGCUCGUUUGGAAGCUGCUGGUCACCAUCCACGACCGGCGCGAGUUUGCUAAGUUUGAGGAGGAGCGGAGCCGCGCCAAGUGGGAUGCGGGUAACAAUCCACUCUACAAAGGAGCCACCUCUACCUUCACUAAUGUGACCUACCGUGGCAAAGACUGACACUGACACUGGUCCGGAGCAAAAAUGUUCCAGCAAAACUCAGGGGUCAAAAAGGUGAAGGUUUCAGGAUGGGGAGACUUAUACUGUUUUUGAGCUUCUUUUAUUCUGCUGUGUUUUGUGUGCAGACUCUACCGUCGCAGGACAGAAUAACUUAAUAUUUUCAGCAAUUGUAAAUAUGUAUGAUAAUUUAAAGAGCAGAAUUAUAUUAGGACUAGUGACACGUGAAUUACAGGCUCACUACUGGCCACACCCCUCUAUCUUUUCCAUUUUUUCAAACAGCAACAUUCAACCUGGUGAUGAACUAUGGGAAAGAAUCUCAUGUUCACCCUUUGCUGUAGGAUUCUGUCGUAACAAGCAUAAGGGCAGACAGUUAUUUUAGAAAAGGAAAAUCCCUCCAUCACUAACGUCCAGUUUCACAAAUUAAUGCAGAACAUAUAUCCCCUACACACAUCACAAAACAUAGAAAACAUAGUUUCAUUCUUACUUGUACAUUUAUACGUUUCGAGAUGUAGGUAUGUACAAUUUAGGCCAUGAAUCCAGAGAAACUGUGUUUGCCGGUCACUGAUUGAAAGUCAAGAGUCUUCAAUCUUAAUAAGAUAUCGAUCAGCGUCAAAUAUUUGAAUAGUUUGGAAAUAAAAAUAAAUUAACCCAGAAAGGAAAUUUUUUAACUUAUCAAUGAUAAAUUACUUGUUUAACAAGUCAUACCAUGUCACACUACAAUGUUGGGCGUGAACAUCUACAAACACCUUAAGAAAUUAAACAGACGGAUUGAGAUGUUUCAUAACUACAGCCCCAGAAAAAAUUAAGAGACCACAGCACAAUUUCUUGGUUUCACUCAUUUCUCAAUGUAUGGGUGUGCAUCUGAGAAUAAUAUAUUUUUUUUUGCAAACUGGUUCUUCCCUGUUUCUCAUUAAUGAAGGGCUUCUUCCUUGCUUCGUGGGUUUUUGGUCCUGCUUCUAGGAGCCUGAUACACACUGUCUUAGCAGUGCACUUCAGACCUGCACUUAACGUUUCCCAUUCCUGCUGAAGGUGAUUUGAUGUCAUCCUUCCAUUCGUCAGAAACCGUCAGAUAAGUUGACAGUCAUCUCUGGCAUUUGAAUGUUGCUUCCGCCCUUGACUUGGCUGGUUUCUGGUCGUUCCCAGUGUCUCCUGCUUCACCUUAUUCUUGUGUACUGCUGUCUUAGAAAUGUUGAACCUGGAAGCAACCUGCUGCUCAGCACAGCCUCCUGCCAGCAGAACCAGGAUUACCCGGGAUUUUAAAAAGCAGAUUUAAAAAAAAUAUAGAGUGGUCUCUUCAUUUUUUCUGCAGCUAUGUAUAUUUUUUGAGUGUGUGCACGCAUACAUACAGACUACUACGAAGGAUUUUCAACAAAUGUAAAUUUGUUGAUUCUCCUAUCCUGAAGACACAUAGUUCUUCCAGGAAUUAUCUUUACUGGUAAUCUGUUAUAUUUUCAGGGACAAGACUGUGCCACUUUAAUUACAAUAAAGGCAUUACAGCCAAGGUGUUUAAUUUUAUUUAAGCAUUUAAUAUUACUGAUCUCCAAGAACAUCAGAGAGAGUACCCAUUGAGAAUUUAUUUUAAAAUAACUAAUGCAAUAUUGAUUUUUUAAUUAUUUGUCUUGUGUUGCCUUUGUGGUUUUGGCUUAAUUAGGCACAAAAUCCUGCAAAUAUCCCCGGCAUCUUUCCUGCCCUGUUUUUGCCUUCUGUAAAGCGAUUGGAUCUUAGGGAAUAGGCAUAAAUGCAAUUUUUUUUAUUUAUUUCUGAUUUUAAUUACUUCAUACUGAGCAAAAUACUGUAAAUCUGAAGACUGUUGCGAGGGCUGAGAAGUAUUAUUUUCUGCUUUCUGGCUGUUUACAUUCAUGUUACCCCCACAGAGACAUCUGAAAUAAAAUGGUUGGAAUUAAAGUAA